AUGAGAAGCGCAGCAAUCGAAGCGCAUGCUACUUUUAUGCGUCCAUGCAAAUGCGCGUGCGGUUGUGCUUGUGAGCAUGGACCGACAGCCGUGAGUAUUGCAGCAAUCAGCAAGCUCACUCUAUCGAGGUUCGAGGCGCGAAGGUGGAGAAUCCCAAGCAAGGAGCAGGCAAGUCAAGAGUCGACAAGACAGAUCAAGGGAGAUCCUCAGCUUGGCACUAAUCAACGCGUUCCUAGAAAUGGUCGAGCCCUGUUCACUGUUCAGAAGAGGCGUAAAUAUGUGACGAAAGAUGCUAGUCCACCAUGCCCCCACGAUUACUGGCAUGAGAGACACAGUGCGGGCUCAAUACUCAGCACUCAGCCGUCAGCAUUCGUCGCUGGAACUCAGCUUCGCGCUCCAUCUGACGCUGACAUCACCGUUGGUGAAUUCAGGACUUGGCAAUGUGGAUGCGAUUGUGAACUAAGCUUCUACCCCGCACCGCGCCAUGCCACUUGUCCACAUGGAUGA